UUUCCCGUUUGAUAAACAAACAGAUUUGCAUUUUCUUUCCUGUUCCGCGUCCACCGGUAGAACUAUCUAUUCGUCUGCAAAUGCUAAAUUUUGAACAAAAAUCAUUACACGGCAUUAAAUGGCGAUUCAAAAGUGAAUACAGUGAGGUUAGUGGCGAUGACAGAGUCUUCAACUUGUAGCCUAAAUACGGCACUAAAUGUAUCCGACCUGCAUAGUGAUCAGGAUUUUAACAAUUCUGCUGAGUUUUUAGACGAUGAGGACUCUACUGAAUACAUUACCCUGGAUCCGGAGUUUGCCGAAAUAUGUACAGAACCCGAGGCAUGUUCUCAAAAUGAACAACUUUCAUGUUGUUUGCCAGCCAUCAAACGCAAAACAACGGAGAGUACGUUUGAUUUUAUGAUUUCUUGCUACAAAAAAGAUUUUCGCGGACAACAUCAUUCCAAUGGAAAAGUGGAAGCGAAGGUGAUUUCCAAGGAGUACCAUGUUUUCGGUAACUCACUAGAGGAAGUUUUGGAGCAAAACUUUGUUAAAAGUCAUAUUCGUCAGGAGGUCAUCGUGUACGACGACCAAAAUUUUAAACGAGUUAAGUGGGCUGACGACGCAGAUACUGAAUUUUCAGAUAUAGAUAAAUAUAUGCUGUUCAAGGACCUUCAUCGCAAGCGUACAUAUCGAGUGUCUGAACUACAGCUGAAUUUGGAUAUUAUGGUUAAAUGGAGAAAAAAGGUUAUUGACGUGUACCUACAUGUUUAUUCGUUAGCGAUAGCAAAUCAAAAGUUGUAUGAUCUAGUGAUGAAAUUGGAAGCACCGGAUGAUCCAGAUAGAUCAGGAGCUUGCAGCAAUGAGUCUUAUCAAGAAAUAAUAAUUGAACUAAAGACUAUGCAUCCAGAAGUAUCGGCAGAUUCAUUCGUGUGGAACAACUGGGCGGAGCAUGUAGAAGCAUCACCAGGAUACAAACGUGACUAUGUGAAGCAGAAUCCAGAUGAAAUUCGAUUGCUUCUUAGACCUGCAUCAAAUGGUGAUUCAGUGCUACUAGAAGAAAACCGCCGAGGGCUUUUUUUCGCGAAAACUAUAACUCGUGCCAUGGAAGGCCAUAUCAAAGGCCUAAAGGAACACUCCGCGCAGCUAUCAGCCGCUGCUAGUAUGAUUGAUGCACGGGUAUUGGAAAUGGAAAUACAACUAAAAAGCCACAACGAAAUGUUGACAUCAAUGCAACGGUCACUUGCACCUGUGGAAAAUGGGCUUAGCCGAUCACUGGCGAAAUUUGUGACAGAUGCGGAGGAUGUUGAUCAUAUGUGAAUAAAUGAACCCGCUUUUGCAACAAUCGUCAUUGAACUGAAGCUCAGCAAAUUCGAUAACAUAAUUUCUUUUAAGAUAUGAUAAGAAAAUAAACAGUAUGAUAAGAAGAGUAGUAUGAAAAAAAAGUAUGAAAAGAAGAAACAGGUUUCCAAAUGAUAAAAAACAUUUUAUCGAAUGAUA